AUGAGGCGAAUGCUUCUGUUCAUGCUCAUCGCCCUGUUCUGCGCUACAAAUCGCGAUGUAGGAGUGUGUCACAUGUGCACAACAGACCUGUGCGGGAGAUGCUGCCACCCUAUCCAAGAUGGCUGCGAAAAUAAUUUCCACGGAACAAUGAGGGGGAAUGAUCACGGUGACGACGUAUAUUGCAGACUCUGCGACUGCAGCAAUUCAAGCACAGGAUGUGGAUGGGUUGGAGACACCUACGGGAAAGUGAUCUGCACGAGCUGCGAUUUUAUCAAGCAUGUCUCUGUCAAAGUAAAAUAUUUCGAUGUAGCAGGCUGUGGAUAUGAACUGAAGCGGGGACAACUUCUCAAUAAUGCCUGA